AUGACCCCGGAACAAUUUGACCUUCUCCACGCGGACAUGCUGGCACACGCAGAAGGCAAAGAGCUCUUUGUUCAAGACCUUUUCGGCGGCGCCGACCCAACCCACCGCCUGCCAACACGUGUCUUCACAGAGCUUUGCUGGCACUCUCUUUUCAUUCAGAACCUGCUCAUCGAACCCAAGCCGGAAGAGCUUGAUGAUUUCGAUCCAAAGUUCACCAUCAUCAACCUUCCAAGCUUCCGCGCCGACCCUGAAAAGUAUGGCUGCCGGACCGAGACGGUGAUCGCGUGUAACUUCAUUAAGCGGAUUGUUCUCAUCGGCGGCACGUCUUAUGCCGGUGAAACUAAGAAGUCUGUUUUCUCCAUGCUGAAUUACGAACUGCCUGGCAAAAAAGUUAUGCCGAUGCAUUGUUCGAUCAAUGUGGGUGACGAUGGCGAUUCAGCCAUUUUCUUUGGUCUGUCUGGCACAGGCAAAACCACUCUUUCCGCUGUCGCAUCUCGGACACUGGUUGGUGAUGACGAGCAUGGCUGGUCCGAAAACGGUGUCUUCAAUUUUGAAGGCGGAUGCUACGCGAAGAUGAUCAAUCUCUCCGCUGAAGCCGAGCCUGAAAUCUACGCAACGACGCAACGUUUUGGCACCGUGCUUGAAAAUGUGGUGCUCGACCCGGAAACCCGCGAGAUCGACUUUGACGAUAAGUCGCUGACAGAAAACACACGCGGCGCUUAUCCCCUGUCUUUCAUUCCAAACGCGUCAGACACGGGCCGCGCAGGCCACCCAAAGAACAUCAUCAUGCUCACAGCUGAUGCGUUCGGGGUUCUGCCUCCCAUCUCCAAACUCACACCAUCACAGGCCAUGUAUCACUUCCUGUCUGGCUAUACCGCGAAGGUUGCUGGCACAGAGAAGGGUGUUACUGAGCCCGAAGCAACAUUCUCAACCUGCUUUGGCGGACCGUUCAUGUCUCGUCACCCGAGCGAGUAUGGCAACCUGCUCCGCGACCUGAUCGCAGAGCACAAGGUUGACUGCUGGCUGGUAAAUACAGGCUGGACCGGUGGCGCCUAUGGUACUGGCAGCCGGAUGCCUAUUAAAGAAACACGCGCACUUCUCGCCGCGGCCCUUGAUGGCAGCCUUGCAAGUGUUGAGUUCCGCACGGACGCUAACUUCGGCUUUGAAGUGCCUGUCUCGGUCCCAGGUGUCGAUAAUUCGAUCCUGAACCCACGCGACACAUGGUCUGACAAAGACGGCUAUGACGCGCAGGCGAAGAAGCUCGUUUCCAUGUUCAUUGAGAACUUCAAGAUUUAUGAAGCCCAUGUGGACCCAGACGUUCGCGAUGCGGCGCCAGCUCCCGCACAGGCUGCUGAAUAA